AACCAGAUUCUGAUUGUACAAUACUGAAUAACAUCCCGCAUUAGAACACACAUAAAAACAAAGUUUCCCCACAGGGGCUCUCAAUGUCCUCUUCAUGGCAACAGACACUUAGUUUCUUAGUCUUCUACGCAGUGUGCAUCGUUUUCAUCUGCUCAAGACAUAACACUCAUCAUUUGUACACUUUAUUCUCGCGUGCUGAGGAUUUCUGCCGAUUUAGUGUUUUCAUAUUUGCAAUGGAAUGACGUGAGUUGCUCUUCUUAUCGUCUCAGUUGUAUAAGUUUAGUCACUGACACUCUGACAGUAGGUCAUUUAAAUGUGACACGUAUAAUUCUUCCCACGUACUUUACUGGAAGCCAGGUUUUUCUUUGUCACUUUAACGAAUUAGACAAAAAUGUAUUCUAUAACAGUACUGUUGGCUUUCUUGUGUUGUUUAAGUUUAUGUCAGGCUACCUCAUAUCCAAGCACAUAUUACAUGAACGGCAAUUGUGGCAAAUCAAUAUUUGUGAAUGGUGACGCUCUCAUCAAGAUAUACACCAACUCCUAUGGAUAUGGUGCUUGUACAAUUAACCUCUAUUCUGUUCAUGGGGCAAACCUGGUCGCAUCGUUUUAUAGCUACUAUAUGCCUAGUUCCUACUACGUUUACCCUUGUCAGAGUGAGUUCAUUCAGUUGGGAACACCUGGUAACAUUAAUAUGCUAGGAAACGGCGGUUACUGUCGCAGUUAUAAACCUGUUGGACAAUACGCCCUUCAGAAUAAUGGCAUAUUUACCUACUAUACCAGUAGUACAUUUAACUUAGCUCCAAGUAUACAAUUGUUGGUUUCUGAAGUAUACCCCAAGAAUACAACUGGAUAUUGCCAAUAUGGAAGAUUUGACUGCCUGUCACAAGACACCUGUAUUGACGAGAGUCUCACCUGCAAUGGCUACAACGACUGCUCCAACGGCAGGGACGAGUACGAAGGAUGUGGUUUUACUUUCACAGUGGGCGCCAUCGGUGGAUUGGCUGCUGGUGUCUUCUUCUUCUUUGUCUUCGUGGUGAUACUCUCUGUCGUCUGCUACAGAAGAAGAAGAGUCAGAAUUGGAUAUGUUCAAUACAAUUAAACGGACAUUUUAUGACUUUUGUUGUAAUGUUUUUAAAAGAGGAAAGGUUGUCAUCAACGCGUGGUCUUCGAGAAUAGUAAGAAUAGAUCUUUAAAAUGAACAUGUGCAUUUGUAAAUAAAAGUAUAGGCACUGAGCUUUUUUUUGUUUGUAGAAGUAAUAGAAUUGGAAAUGUCAAUUUAAACAAAUCGUAAAAUGUCGCAAAUAGGCCUAUAAACAAACUAAGAAUAAGAAAAAUACGAAAUCUUAUCUGUGUAUUAGCUACAAUGAGAAAAGAAAAGUAAAUAAAUAUAGUAAGUAUUGGGUACUUUAA